AAAAUGUCAAACUAAUGCAAUUUUUUUUACAUGUAGCUGUGGUCCGAAUUUGCUAGCGUCUUUUUGUUUUUUGUCGGUUUUUACUUUAAUUACUGUGAAAUAAGUUUAUAUUGAAUUAAAGAAAUGCGUAAAUAAAUAAAAACUGCCUCCUAAAACUACAAGAAUGACCGACAAAUUGGGUUUCGAAGACCUACGGGCUAAAUAUAAAGAUGUGCUCACUAAAGCUUUUACAACUAAUAACAUUGACUUGAUUGAUUCUUUUUCUAAAAAUAUAAAUGAGACCGACAGAAAGGCAGCAAUGGAUCAGGCGUUCCGAGAUAAACUUUUGGAUCUGCUUAUAGAAGAUUCAAACACUCUGGAAAAAUUCGUAACAUUUUGCAUAGAGUCCUGUAGAAGGCAAAUGGUAACUCCUACAAUGCCUGUAGUUUUACUUGGGGAUAUUUUCGACGCUUUAACACUUAACAAAUGCGAGAAAAUGUUCAGUUAUGUUGAGAAUGGAGUAAACAUUUGGAAAGAGGAAUUGUUUUUCGUGGCGUGCAAGAACAAUCUGCUCAGAAUGUGUAAUGAUCUAUUACGGAGACUAUCUCGAUCACAAAACACUGUAUUUUGUGGUCGUAUUCUGUUAUUCUUGGCAAAAUUUUUCCCAUUUUCUGAACGGUCUGGACUUAACAUUGUAUCAGAGUUCAACCUUGAGAAUAUUACGGAGUUUGGUGGAGAUAAUACGAGUACACUAAAAGAUGUUUUGGAGGAAGAGAUAGUCAUUGAUAAUGAUAAGAACAAGCUGACCAUUGAUUAUAACCUGUACUGCAGGUUUUGGAGUCUUCAAGAUUUCUUCCGUAAUCCAAAUUCUUGUUACAAUAAACUGCAAUGGAAGACUUUUGUUGCGCACUCCGGCAGUGUACUGUCAGCAUUCUCAUCGUACAAGUUGGAAGCUGUGGAGCUGCAGAAGUCGAAACUGAACCGUGUGAAAGCCGUCACCUCUGAUGUGGAGAUGCAAGGCUCUGGAAAGGAACAACACUAUUUUGCCAAGUUCCUCACCAAUCAGAAACUUCUGGAAUUGCAACUGUCGGACUCAAACUUCAGAAGAUGUGUGCUCAUACAGUUUCUGAUACUGUUCCAAUAUUUAACGUCCACAGUUAAGUUUAAAAUGGAAGCUCAAGAAUUAAAAUCAGAACAAGUUGACUGGGUAAAAGAGACUACAACACUCAUAUACCGUUUGUUGACUGAGACUCCACCAAAUGGAAAACGAUUUGCGGAAUGUGUAAAAGAUAUUCUUAAAAGAGAAGAACACUGGAACAGUUGGAAAAAUGAUGGAUGUCCAGAAUUCCAGAGGCCUAAGCCCCCAGUGCAAGUUGAUACUGCAGAUGAAGUAAAAAAGUCGAGGAAACGACGGCCAGUUGGCGAUAUUAUAAGGGAACAUGAGAUUCAGAAAAAAUCUUACAUGGGCAAUAAUGAUUUGACGAAGCUAUGGAAUCUGUGCCCAGACAAUUUGACGGCGUGUCGCUCCAAGGAAAGGGACUUUAUGCCUUCCUUAGAGUCGUACAUGACGAGCGGCGACGCCGGCGGUGGUGGCGCGGGCAGCCGCGGCGCGGGGUGGGGCUGGCGAGCUCUGCGGCUGCUGGCGCGGAGGAGUCCGCACUUCUUCGUGCACACCAACAAUCCCAUCGGACGCCUGCCCGACUACCUCGACGCCAUGGUGGAGCGCGUGACUCGUGACAUGGCGGCCAACGCCGCCGCCACCACCAACGGGGAAGCGUCCAAGACUAACGAGAAAAUUAAACAGGAAGCUCCUGAAGAGGACGGAAACGAGAUAGAAACUGAUAUCAUUAAGGAGGGAGACGCUAAUGAUAUAGAACAGGUACCGGACUCCACCCAUGCGGGCGAGGAAGACUACGACAAAACAUCGCGUUCAAGAGUCACCAUGAUCUCUCCAGCACAACUUGACGCUGUGUCAGCCAAGCUCACCGAUUGGAAGAAACUCGCCGCCAAACUAGGGUAUAAGUCUGACGAAAUUCAGUAUUUUGAGACAGAGAAUCCCACCGACACAGCCAGAGCUAAAAUAAUGUUGCAGUUGUGGUUCGAUGACGACGAAGAUGCGUCAGUCGAGAACCUUCUGUACGUCAUGGAGGGAUUAAAGAUGGCGGACGCCUGCGACGCGCUUAGAAAUGUCAAAUGACAUUCGUGUAAACGUAGAUUUAAGCAAAUAAAGUUUUAAUGAAAA